AUGCAACGCGAGUCCGCCUUCAAGGUGGUUCUCAUUGGUGAUGCUGGUACAGGUAAGACUAGCAUGCUGAAUAGAUUGAUAUCACAGCAAUUUUCAGAGACAGUUCAGCCAACUGUUGGUGCCGGUUAUUAUACUUGGGUAACCCGCAAUGGUGAGCAUACAAUCAAGCUUAAUAUAUGGGAUACAGCUGGUCAAGAAAUGUAUAAGUCAGUUGGAAGCAUAUAUUACCGCUCAUCCCAAGCUUGUUUAUUAAUUGUUCCACAUUCAGAAGCAGAUCUUGAUUAUAAGAGCCUUGAUGAAUGGUGUGCUCGAUUUAGAGAAGUUGUUGGAGAAAAGGUUCCAAUUAUUAUUGCAGCAACAAAAUACGAUUUGAAAACAGAAGAAUCUGAAAUUAAAAUACAAGAAUAUGCGAAACUACGUAAUUUGACCGUAUUUAAUACAUCUGCAAAAACUGGCCAAGGCGUUUUAGAACUUUUUGAAUAUCUCGCUUUAGAAAUUUAUCGUUUACGUGAUACAUCUGUUUUUAGAAAUGUUUGCAAGUGCAGGCAUUGCGAAAAAUGCGAAAAUUGCUGCAAAUAA